AUGCCGAUUGGCAUGAGCCCCUUUCGGUUGGUGUAUGGCAACGCUUGCCACUUACCGGUGGAAGUAGAGCAUAAAGCAUAUUCGGCCGUCAAGGACUGCAAUCCAAGUUUGGGUGGGGCCAGAAUUGAGAGAAAGCUUCAAUUAGUGGAAUUAGAGUAUUUAAGGUUAGAAGCCUAUGAGAGCUCUAGACUCUACAAGGAGAGGAUGAAAGCCGUGCAUGACAAAAACAUAAGAAGAAGAGAAUUUAGAGCCGGCGAUCUAGUCCUCCUCUACAAUUCAAGAUUGAAAUUGUUGCCCAGAAAACUAAGGUCAAGAUGGGAAGGUCCCUAUCAAGUAGAGAAAGCGGAACCUUAUGGGGUCUACCAUUUGCACCAUCCCUCAAGUCCGGAUAUCUUCAAGGUUAAUGGUAAUCGUCUAAAGUUGUAUCAUGGUGAGAAAAUGAAAAGCAACAAGGAGAUUGAGGUAUUCCUUUUGGAUGCACCUCUUGGCGAAGAGAAUUGA